CAAAUACCGAACGGUUGCAAACUCAUCGCUUGCCUUGAAUCACCGAGGAAGGUACAAGGGCAUGAGCCAAGAGCUUAGGACUGUGACUUCUGUGGAUAGUUCAUAAACCGUCAGUUUAUUACCUCUUUACGAGCACUCAGCGUUACUGUGAAUAUUACAUUAACGUUUGACGCCUUUUCAUCCAUAUAACGUUAAACGGGAACAGAAUGGCAUCGAUUUUGCUCACCAGGUCUCGGACUCCUUUGCUGAAAACAUCUAGGUCAUUAAAGCACGAAUUCAGAAAAGGAAAGUUAUCAGAAAACGCAUGCUUUAACUGCACUGCACUGCGGUUAGCCACAAACAGCAGUCCCAGUGUUCUUGGAGGCAGCACCUGGCCUCAUGCAUCAUCUGUCCUGUACCUUGACAGUUCAUCAGCGCUUCAGCGCCGCUUGUCCAGGUCACCUCGCCUGUACUGUUCCAUCUUAGUACAUGACCCCGUUCACACCCACUCCACAUACCUCAGGACGCUAGCCUGGCCACAGAACACCCUGGUCCGGUGGGUACAUACUACAGGCCCCCUCUAUGAUGAUUCAAAGGUAGAGCGUUCUUUACGCUCACUGAAGGAUCGGAAUAAAAAGCUUGAGGAGGGUGGACCGGUGUACAGCCCGACGGUAGAUGCCGAACCCGUGCGACGGACAAUACGCCAACGUGUGAUUGAUGAGGUGAAGCACUACUAUCAUGGGUUCCGCCUGUUGUGGAUAGAUACGACUAUCACCGUUCGGAUGCUCUGGAGGGUGCUGAAUGGACACAUUCUGUCACGCCGCGAGAGGAGACAGUUCCUGAGGACGUGUGCAGAUGUCUUCCGGCUUCUGCCCUUUCUGGUGUUUAUCAUCGUUCCAUUUAUGGAGUUUCUGCUUCCUGUUGCACUGAAACUUUUCCCUAAUAUGUUGCCGUCCACCUUUGAGACACAGUCCAAAAAGGAGGAAAGACUAAAGAAGGAGCUGAGAGUGAAGUUAGAGAUGGCCAAGUUCUUGCAGGACACAAUCGAGGAGAUUGCACUAAGAAACAAAGCAGCCAAAGGCAACGUGACCGAGGAGUUCUCCACUUUCUUUCAGAAGAUCCGAGACUCUGGAGAGAGACCCAGUAAUGAGCAGAUCAUACGCUUCUCUAAGUUGUUUGAGGAUGAACUGACCUUGGAUAAUCUGACACGACCGCAGCUGGUGGCACUGUGCAAACUGCUGGAGCUGCAGUCCAUCGGCACCAACAAUUUCUUGCGCUUUCAGCUCAUCAUGAAACUCCGAGCCAUCCGUGCAGACGACAAGCUGAUAGCAGAAGAAGGAGUGGACAGUCUUAAUGUGACCGAGCUGCAGUCAGCAUGUCGUGUGAGAGGGAUGAGAGCUCUGGGUGUGACCGAGGAGAGACUGAGAGAACAGCUUAAACAGUGGUUGGAGCUGCACCUCAAUCAGCACAUCCCCACAUCUCUGCUGCUGCUGUCCCGAGCCAUGUUCCUGCCAGACACGCUGUCCCCUACAGACCAGCUUACAACCACACUACAGAACCUGCCAGAGAUUGUGACUAAAGAGGCACAGAUGAAGGUGGCAGAGCUGGACUUUUCUAAAGUGGAUAACAAAACCAAGCUGGAGGCCACGCUACAGGAAGAGGCAGCUAUCCGACAGGAAAACAGAGAGCGGGAGCUGGAGAGACUGUCUGAUGCUGCAGAGAAAGAAAAGGAACAGGCUGCACGGGAGGCCGAGGUGGUGGAGAUGGAAGCAGAACGACGUGUGGAUACAGAACAUGCUCUCUCCAGUGUAGACGUGGCCAUCCAUUUAGAAACACUACGAGAUACUGCACCGGUGCUGGAGGGUAUUAAGGGAGAGGAGAUCACUAAGGAGGAGAUUGACAUGCUGAGUGACGCCUGCACCAAACUGAAGGAGCAGAAGAAUCUCCUCACCAAAGAGAAAGAGGAGCUGGAGGACCUGAAGGAUGAUGUGCAGGAGUACAGCGAGGACCUGGAGGAGAUCAAGCGAGAGCUGUCCAAAUCAGGACAGGAGAAAGUGGUGGAGGAGUCUAAAGCAAGUCAGCGUCUGUCGAAGCGGGUCAACCGCAUGAUUGGCAGAGUGGAUAAGAUCAUCAACGAGCUGGAGAAGGACAAGAUGGUGCUAGACGGACAGAUGGACAGCGGGACCACACCACCAAUUGGAUUGUUCUUUGAGAAACAUAGUGACUUGCCAAGUCUGUUCCUGUCCUACAGGGAGAAUCUGAUAAGCAUCAAUGAGCUCAUUGGAGUCAUGAAGCAGAUCCAGAACAUCCCUGAACACAAGCUGCUCAGCAUCGCAGACGCACUCGACGAAAACAAAGAUGGCAAGAUAGACAUUGAUGAUGUCUUUAAGGUGGUAGAGCUGAUCGAUAAGGAGGACAUCGAUAUCUCCACCAACCAGGUGGCAGAGAUCAUGGUGAUGCUGCAGAAGGAGGAGAAGCUGGUGGAGAAGGAGAAAGCCAAGGAGAAGGUCGAGAAGGAGCAGGCAGCUAAAAUUCAAAACUAGACCUUCCGUGUAAGGAAUGGAAAAGAUCCUGAAGCUUUUGAAGUUUUUCAGGUUCAUUAAUAUGUGUUAAGAAGCUUCAGAGUGAGACUUAUGUGUGUAUAUAUAGAACAAAGAACUAACUAUGCUUUGUUCAAAUAAGACUGUUGUAUAAUGAAUGAAUUGAGACGUUUACUUAUUAAUAACAUUACAAAAGUAAUGCACUAUGGAGCCCCACACAUGACAUACAGAAAAAAAUAGAAAUCAGGGCCACAAAUUAAACAUUUGUUCCCUUGUUUAGGUAAAUAAUGCCCACAGUUUAACUAAAUUAAAAGGAAGGAACGAACAAUGAAGUCGUGUAAACGAAUUCUUAAUUCAUGGCCAUCAUAUCUUUUAUUUGUCAUGUUCGAGGCUCUGUAAAUUCAGAGAUAAAUUUUGAAAGAAUAUUUGUUCAUGUAUUCUCAAAAAGACCCUCUUAAAGGUGGGGUGUGUCAUUCCUGGCACAAAACGGACUGUUUGUUUGAGCGGCCUUGUUGAGCUGGACAUAACAUCAGUGCAACCAAUAGCAUGAGUUUGGGGUGGAAGUAUCCUUGUGUCACAGAAAUUGCGCACUUCAUCUGUAAGAUGCAAAAAUGUAUUCGUGGAAAAUGAAAACUUUAUUAUUCUCCUAAUCUCACACCCUGGCAGUGAUGUCAUUUCCUGUGAUCUGAGGACAUCUCCUGUCUUUGCACAUCACAUCACCUGUCACCAUCAUUCCACUACGCAUCCAGUUUUAUUCUGUUGUAUUUUUAUUUAUUUAUUUUUUUUCAGUUCACAAUCUUCAUGAGAUUCUUGAAUGUCGCUCAGAAGAUGUUGAUAUCACAUUCAUGUUUAUUCAAUAACCAAAGAAGCUGAUAUUAUGCUUGUACAUACACAUUCAAGCUACCAAGCACUGCGGCUUUUGUCACACAGCAAAAGUCUGAAGUAGUAUUGGGACGUAUCUCUUCAGCACUUGAGCUUUAUUCAGGGCAGGAGCUUUUGUACAGACUUGAAGAUAGUGGCUGAGACCAAUUCAGUUUUUGAUGUGUUUUUUUAUUUAGCUUUUAUCUUGGAUUGAUUUCAGCAUCACAUUUACAUUGUGGCCUUAGUAAUCAAAUUCUCUUGUCCAAUGUAAGCUCAAGGGAUGAAAUUGACAUAAUAUAGCUAUAUUAAUAUUUAACAGUUCGUCAAUGCUAGUAUUUGCAUUGUACACUAGCAAUACAUUUCUGUGCAGUGGGCAUCUCUGUUAGCUAGCGUGGGUUAAAAAUAGAUAAAGUGUGUUUGUGAAUGUUUGUAUGUGUGAAAGAGUUCUGCUGGGUACCUGAAAGGGAAAAGAUGGAGGUCAGUGCAGACAGAAUCAGGGUACGGCUCAGCCAUACAAUCAUGUGACCAGGAUGAUCCUUCCUCCUUACAUGGAGAGAGCGGCAGCAGCAGUUCUCAUAGCAGAGCACCUACACGAACUGGAAUGUGUCGAUCAGCAUGAGACUCAAAUGCUCACUGGUAGCGUGAGUCUGGUAGCAUAGUUUCACAGGGCACAUAAGGCAGGGAAUACAUCAUCUUAACCCUAAACAUGUCAUAGCGAGUGACCAGCAUGUCUAAUCUCAAAACACUGUUUCUGUGCUGUGUCUCAGACAGAGUUUGGGUGCCUAUUUCACAUUGUGUCCCUUAAAAGGAUAGUUCACCCAAAAAUGAAAAUUCAGUCAUUAUUUGUUCACCCUCAUGUUGUUCCUAACCUGUAUGAUUUACACAAAAUUAGAUGUUUAGCAGAAUGUUCACGCUACUCUGUUCCACACAAUAGAAAAAAGUCAUAAAUGUUUAUAAGCACAUGAGUAAGUAAAUGAUGACAGAAUUGUUAUUUUUGGGUGAACUGUCCGUAACUUACCUAGGGGACCCUUAAAUUACAGUAACAAAAUUUAGGCCUUGUAUAUUUUCAUGAAUUAGUAUUACUGUACCGUAUGAUAGAAAAAGUUUGUGUGUGUGUGUGUUUUUUUUUUUUUUAAAGAGCAAGUAUUUUAUGCUGACGUGUAAUUGCACUAUAAUUAUUGAGAGCUUUAUUUUUUCCCAUUUUUGGCUUGUCGAUCUAGACUCAGGAAGAUGCAUGUAAUGUCUGUAUUUGCACACAGAGAUAUUUUGAGGAAAUGCACACUUGAAUUUUUUUUAAGUGUUUGAUGGGACGAAGUGUGAAUAUUGUAGAAAGGUAUAAAGUUACCUUGCUUAUU